AUGGUUUCGUCACGCCAUUCGCUGAAGCGCUCGCUUCUCCUGUCCACCUUUGCCGCCUUGUCUCUCUUCUCUGCCACGGGUCUCGCGCAAGAUAGUAGCAGUGGAGGAAAUGCCCAGACCAGUGCUUCGCAGGCAGCUUCUACAGACGAUGCCACCACCUCGGCUGCGCAGCCUUCGCGCACCAACGCGGCAACCGCCGUCAUCACCAACACCGGCGCCGUUGCCACAACGGAAGCGAGCAUCAGUGCCCCUAGAAUCACCGGCACCUCCGAUUCCACUGGCGAUGUCCUCACGGGUCUACCGUCCCUUACAAACCAGCCCAUUGUGACGACAUACCCGCCGGCCAGUGUACCCCCCACCAACAACGCUCCUUAUAUGCACCGCUCGAGUGCUCCUCAAGGAACCGUCUUCAUUGCCGUGGGCUCCAUUCUUGGUGCCUUUGGCCUCGGCAUUCUGAUCUGGCGCGGCAUCAUCGCUUGUCUGCUGCACCGCUCCGUUGCCCGCGCCGCCAAUGCUCAGUAUGUCGCCAACGACAAGCAGAGCUUCCCUGCCCCUCCAGCGCAAUUCUACAAGUAUACCGACCGCGAAUCCACUCCUUCUCUCGUUCCCAAUGGAGGACGUGGUGUGCGUAGAACGCAGCGCGGCCCCAUCCCCUCUGCGACGCCGAGCCAGUCGAACCUCUUCUUCUCGCCCACCGCAGCUGGCGGCGGCAAUAGCAACAACAAUAACAAUAACUCGGCCACCAACCGCGACUCUCGUUUCCUUCCUUCUGGAUUCUACGCCGCUGCCACCUCGUCUCCCAGUCCUGCUCACGGUCACUCAAUAAGUUUGACGAACCUCCGCCCCGAAUCCCGAGGCCAGUAUGGAAGCCGCAACAACUUGAGGGAAUCUACGCCUCCGGAAUCCCCUUCGUACGGCGCAAGGCGCGACUUUAGCACCAGCUCGGUCAACUUGUCUGCGGCGCCUGGGAACGGACAAAGAGCUCCCAGUGCUUACCUCGAGGAUCUCUUGGACGAGAAUCCCAAUGCCUUCCCGCCAAGCCAGAUGCGCCCCGGAUCUCGAAAUGCCAACAACUCUCCCGGUGGUCGAUUCUAG